CAUGCACCCCCCCCCGCCACACACACACACACACACACACACACACUCCAUGGGUCUCUCCCCCGCCUCAGCAACAAGAUUGAGUGUUUGGCGUUUUAUUAGGGCGGCUGAUUGGUGAAUUUCCUUUGAAUAAAUUGCAUCUGAUAUGUUUAGGGACGAGGGCAAAAUUUGCAUUUUGAGGAUUGAUACUCUCGACCCGGUCACAGGGUAAUGAGAAGGCCUCCACCCCCACCCUGAAUAAGCCCCAGAUCCUUUAAAACACAUUUAGCCCCGCUCUUCCUGACCAGCUGAAUAGAAUCUUUUUUAAAAAACUAGAAAUACCACAGAUGUUUGCUGUUUUUUUUUCUUGCGUUUUAUGAAACAGAUUCAGAUUUUUUUGUUUUCAGACAUUUGCUUUAAUUGUGUUGUCUUACGAAAGGUAAUAACAUCCAGUCAGCAAAUACAUAUUUUUAAUUCAGUUACAAUUAUUAACCUUUUCACCCUGAGAUUUUUUUUUUCAUCUCAAUUGAAAAUACCUGGGAAAACACAGCAUUGCCUUUUAUAUAAACAUCCGUUAGGGAGUGAAAAUAUGCAGAAAUGACGUUUAUUGAUGCCUAAACACGGUAGAAAGAUGAAAAAGCUACAGAGACUGUUUUUUGGGGGGGUUUUUUUGCACAUAAAAUCAAAUAAGCUGCAAAGCGUAAAUGUGAUCUGCCGCCUUUGCGAAUCAGGCGAUAUAUUACAGAACAGACAAAUAAACGGGUAUUAUCUUCUUAAAGUGUCGCUGAAAAGAAAGCUUGAAAAAUCGUCGACUAAAUGUUGUAGGGUUAAUCAAAUACGCCGAAGAAUCCUUACUUUCAUAGUCUUUGUUUUUCAAAAACUGUAAAAAGGACAAGUGGGGUAGAAAGCAAAAUUCGCCUCAUACAUUUUCCGGCCUAAAUAUAAAAAAUCACCGACCUACUUUAAAUAGACAUAACAUAAGAAAGAUGUGCCUAGAUGGUCUGUUUGGAGAGUUGUCCUAGAAAUGGGCUCAAAAUGUAAACAAGCACAAGUAGCUAUUGAUUUCCAGAUCAGAUUCUUGGGCUUCACAAUUUAUCACAAUUAUGAAACAAUUAGCAGAGAGUAAAACAGAAUGGACGACACACAUUUUACGUUUAAAACAUAUUUACUUUUAAUAUCACGAAAUCACAGUCAUACUUAUAUCACCAGGAAAGGAUAAACAAAACCACAUCAUAGAACAUUCUUUAUUGCAACAUUAACAUGGAAUGAAUGGAAAAGGAAUGCUUAAUUCCACAUAAAAAAAAAAGAAGUAAUUAUUCUUAUUUAGGUAUUUUUAUGAAUUAAAAUUAAUUGCAUAUAACACCGUUAGUGACUAUUUGGGCGUUUUAUGACCAAUUUAAAUGUUCAUUUUGUCCAAAUAUGUUUCAUAAUAAUUUUGAGAAGCUGUAGUUGGGCAAAAAAAAAAAAAAGUUUUAUCCGGUCUAAAUUCAAAAUUAAAGUGUCCUUAAUGAGUUAGUGGUAUCUAGUUGCUCCACGUCUUGUAAUUGUACACACACACAUCCUAAAAUGGAUGAUUAGUUCAUUAGUUUCAAUGCAUAAUGCGGAUUAUGUGGAUUCCCAUAAACGUCAUAUACGGUCAAAUGUAUUUUAUCAUCAAAAUAUCAGUUCAUGAUUGAUGGAUUUGAUAUUUUCUGUAUUUUUGCUUUUGCAGAAUCGUUUGCACCCAAGAUGACUUGCGCUGUUUAAAGAGAAGAAACAAACAAACAAAAAAUACGUCUUUUGUUCAACUUUUUAGAAACGUUCAGCGCGUCCAAUCAAAACUAGCAGCUGUAGAAAGACGCCAGUUACUCUAAUGGCUAAUUGUUGCUGCAAUAACCACGCUGUGAAAACGUCAUAACGCCAUGCAUACCGCGCACCAAACGAUUAUAUUACCAAUGCCAGCCCGAGCCACAAUGUUUCUUUAAAGACGUGAAUUGGGCAUGUUUCUAUGGCAUUUCUUGAUUUUUUUCUUGCUCAUGCAGACAGAAGACCUUGUGGGAGCCAUACACAAUCUGUCACCAUCAUCUCAAAGCACUUCUCUGAUAAUCCAAAUUUACUGUAUACUGUCAACUUGAUAUAUAUGGGCUGACUCGACCUUCACUUCGCAGUGUGUAUGCGUCCGGAAAGCCAACACCUCGAACCCAUUCACUGUGAAAGCUGAAAUUUCAACUCAAGCCUGUUGCGGUUUCAGGCGUGAUUUUCAGUUUUAAAUCUUGUGGAAAAUUGCGCGGAUAACGAGCGUGUUCUCACACGCUUUCGUCGGGUUUCAUUGGGACUGAAAGUAGAUCAGUUUUCUUUUCUUGCAUUUUGGCACAAAUGUCUCCAGGAGCCAAUGCGCGCAGGCCUGAAGUAGAUAACAGGAGUAAUCUGAAGCUGUGCAUUCGAACGCUUUUCUAAUAAUGACGUUUUUAAAAAAAAAAAUAAAAAAAAAGGUGUCCGAGGUUUAUAGCAGCAACAAGUAGAAUCAUCUGUAAAACUCGCAGCCGCUCUUAUCCUUGUCGGCUUAAUUUACUGUAAGUGGAUAACGGCUUAGCUGACCAGCUCUAUAUUUAUGCUGGACCCGUGUUAGAAUAGAAAGCCAGCAGAGUGUGAAUUUAGAUAUCAUGUGUAGCCUUCUUACCCGCCGACAUUAUGUUGACACAUUGCCUCUCAGGUGGUCUCUGCGGCCGUGUAGGACACAGUGAAUCUCCAGUAUGCCAUUUGCAAUGAGUUAGGAUGGAUACUUAACCAGCUCUGGCUCAGUGCGCACAGGCCUGGCUGUUCUCAGGCGCUCUAUUCCAACAGUCUGCAACUUUUGUGAAGAUAAGGACUCUGGAAAAUAUCAGAAAACUCUUCAUUCACAUGCAGUCCAUAUCCUCACGUCUGAACGUAUAAGUAUUUUUGCAAACGUGUUACCAAGAAAUCCCUCGAGGAACCCCCUUGUGUGUUGAAGUGCGCGCCCCCUGAAGAGCUAAAGAGAGCCUUGCAAAACUGAAGUCCAAGUCCGGGGUGAACCCCAGGUCACCGCGUCUAACAGAUAUGAAAAUGUCGCCUCUUUGGGAAAAAAAAGAGGGGGCAACGCCUUGUUGUUUAACAAAGACUGUCAAUGGGCAAGAUUAAUCAGAAACAAAAUGGAAACGGUGUCACCUCGGGGUCAGGCAGAAGUUAUCUCUGUGUAGGGGAGCGUCAAAGAAAAAAAAAAGAAUAGGAGAGAGGCUGAGCAGCAGCAGCAGAACAGAAAAAAAAUAGGGAGAGAAAAAGAGAAAAAAGAAAAGAAAGCUUUCAGUAUUUCCGCAACUUUUGUGGGCCCCUUCUGGUUCUCUCUUGCAGAGGCCUUGUCGAGGUGGACCAGAUCCGAGAGGAGCUGCUGCUGUUGCUGCAUCCUCGAGGAGCACGGAUACAGAGGGUCAUCUCGGAUAAGGAGCGGAAACUGGACGUGAACAUGAUGGCUGAUGGCGAACAGCACGAAAUCCGGCCGAGUAACUUCAGGCCCGGUCUCGGAAACACCCUGAGCUGCCUUCGGUUCACCCGAGGAGGCCAUUGGCGGAGAGGCGUCACGUGACCACGGGGUGCCAAUGUUAUUCUACGAGGGUGUCAAGACCCUGUCAGUUUCUGAAAUAAAUAUUGGGAAACGGCGAGAUGCAAAAGGCGACCUACUACGACAGCUCCGCAAUUUACAGUGGCUACCCGUAUCAAAGCGCAAAUGGCUUCGGUUAUGAUGCCAAUCAGGUCCAAUAUCCCAGGGCCUCUCAUGUGGAAAGCGAGUACCAUCGACCCGCCUGCUCCCUGCAGUCUCCCGGCGGCGGCUCUGUUGCUCUGCAGAAGCCAGGGGAGAUGGUGGCGGAGGGCUGCGACAGGGCCAUUCAGGCGGCGCAGGCCAAGGUUCUCCCCGAAAGCAAUCAUCAAGCGCCGGUGCCGGUGUCAGGCCCACCGCCUCCCCCUUCGCUGUCCCCCGGCGGAGUCGGCCAAGAUGCGAGCAAUGGCUCCGGCCAGACCGGCGCAGCCAAGAACGGCUCCCCGACCUCCGGUACCCGCAGCAAACAGAUCUUCCCCUGGAUGAAGGAGUCCCGUCAGAACACCAAGCAGAAACCCGCCAGUAGCUCCAGUUCAGUGGAGAGUUGCCCAGGAGACAAGAGUCCCCCGGGGUCAGCAGCAUCAAAGAGGGCCCGGACAGCUUACACCAGCGCGCAGCUCGUGGAGCUGGAGAAGGAGUUCCACUUCAACCGGUACCUGUGCAGGCCCAGGAGGGUGGAGAUGGCCAACCUGCUUAACCUCACGGAGAGACAGAUCAAAAUCUGGUUCCAAAACCGACGGAUGAAGUACAAAAAGGAUCAGAAGGGCGUCGGGAUGAUGCCGUCUCCUGGCGGACAGUCUCCCCGGAGCCCAGUAGGCCCACCGUCCGGUGGGGGCGGCGGUGGAGGGAGCGGAUACCUCAACUCUAUGCAUUCUCUCGUUAACAGUGUACCGUACGAGUCCCAGUCUCCAACCUCUUACAAUAAAACUCAUCAAAAUGCGUACGGUAUGGCUACGUCAUAUCCCCCUCCUCUGAGCAACUCCCUCAACAGCUGCCCACCCCCCCAGAAGAGGUACCCUGGGACGGACUCGGCCACGCCCGAGUAUGACGCGCACCACCCACUGCACGGCAACGGCAACUAUGGCACGCACAUGCAGAGCAGCCCCGUCUACGUCGGCGGAGGCUACAUCGACUCUGUGCCCAGCUCCGGGGCCUCAGUUUUCGGUCUCACCCACCUCCCUCACCCGCCUCCUCCGUCCGCGAGCAUGGAGUACAACGGGGCGAUUACGAUGGGCAACAGCGGCGGUCAGCAUCACGGCGUGUGUGAUGCGACGCCGACGUACACAGACCUAACGCCGCACUACUCUCAGGGAAGAAUCCAGGAAGCGCCCAAACUGACGCAUCUGUAGCAUGCGGCGCAAGCCUGGAUCACUCCGCCCCAUUGUCUCGUCCAAGCUCCAGACAUAUCCCCCUGCUUUGUUUCUGCGCCUCCUCAUGGCUCCCGCCUUCUCCUUUUGCCUUUUUUUGUUUGUUUGUGUUCUCUAUAGUUUCAUGUGUGAAGUAGCGUAGGACAAAUAAUCACGACUUGCUUGAAUUUUCCUCUAUUUGCUUGUGUCAUUGUCUCACCAAGACAUUUAUGUACCAUAGAGUGUCUAUAGAGCCGAACGGAGGGAGGGAAGAAGGGCAUAGCAUAUCCAUAGGCUUAUUUAAUCUUUUCCUUUUUUUUUGAAACGUCUUUUUAAAAAUCUCAAACAGGGUAUUAUGAACACAUGUUAUUCAUUUUCAAUGUGAAACUGUCCGUCUUUAUUUAUCCGCAAUUGAAGAAUGAUGUUUUUUUUUUUUUGUUUUUUUUUUGCAUUCUGUUGCACUUGUGUACAAAAAGAACAUUAAGAGCCAGGAGCUGGGAAUGUGAGGAGAUUACAUUUAAAACAAAGGGUCAUGAACUUGCACAGCCUCCCCUUUUGCUUCUGUUUUGUUCCAUUGGUCUUUUUAAAUGUUAUUUAUUCAGACUCCAAUAGUAUUAUUUGACGCCCCUCCAUCUCUGUCUGCAAGGGGAGAAGGUUGGUGGAGAAACUAGCGCCAUGUUCGGCCCAUAUAUGCAGCCAUGUCACUUAGAUUGCAGGUUUUCCAAUUUGUUUCUUUCUUAGUAUUAUUAUUAUUAUUCGAGGAGGUGUUUCUGUUUUGUCAGCGAAUGAAAAAAGAAACCAAUCAGUCAUGCAAUAAGGGUGGAAAGAAGGACACACGUUUGCAGUUUCUUUAUUGAAUAAAAAGCAAAACACAUCAUCA